AUGCUUUUGAGGGCUAUUCUCGUAUCUCUCGCGCUCCAGGUGAGCUGCACGGCGGGGAAAGAAUUUGAACGACGGGCUGCCCCCCUUGUUGGACAGACUUUUGACUACGUGGUUGUUGGUGGUGGUACCGGCGGUGCUGCAAUUGCGACGCGAUUGGCACAGAACGAGUUCAAAGUCGCGUUGGUGGAAGCUGGAGGACAUUAUGAGGUAGAGUCUCUGGCUGAAGUCCCUGCGGCAGAUGUUUUGCCCGUGGGAUCUGAUCCCAAUACCAAGUCUGUCAUCGAUUGGGGCUUUGUAACAAGGGACCAACCAGGCGCCAAUGGGCGAGCCAUUCACUACGCGCGAGGAAAAUGUCUCGGAGGAUCAUCGGCUCUCAAUUUCAUGAUCUAUCAGCGCCCAACCCGCGAAUCUAUGGACCAAUGGGCCACUACAGUCGGCGAUGACAGCUACAAAUUCGACCAGGUCCUUCCGCUUUACAAAAAGAGCGUCGAGUUCACGCCACCAAACACCCAAUAUAGAGCUGCAAAUGCCUCGGCAGCCUACGACGCCGACGCAUAUGAAGCGAACGGAGGCCCACUGCAGGUCUCCUAUUCCAACUUUGCCAUGCCAUUCUCUUCAUGGAUGAACCUGGGUAUGCAGGCUAUCGGCAUCAAUGAAACACAGGACUUCAACCUGGGUUCUUUGUUCGGAACCCAGUACUGUUCAUCGACUAUCGACCCGGCCCAUGAGCUUCGCAGUAGCUCUGAGGAGUCUUUCUUAUCCAAGAUUAAUCCCUCUUCCCUGACAACCUAUGACCAUACUCUUGCCAAAAAAAUUAUCUUCAACAAACAGAAGAAGGCCACCGGGGUUGAAGUGAAGGGUCUUCUGGGCAACACCGUCACUCUCAAAGCAUCGAAAGAAGUUAUCAUCUCUGCUGGUGUAUUCCAGUCGCCCCAACUUCUCAUGGUUUCUGGAGUCGGCCCUUCUGAUAACCUGCAAGCUCAUGGUAUUGAUGUUAUCGCUGACCGACCUGGGGUUGGCCAGAAUAUGUGGGAUCAUCCGUUUUUUGCGCCUACAUACCGGGUCCAAGUGACCACAUCCACGAAGUUUGCCACCAACCUUCUCUACGCGGCUGGACAAGUCGUCGGCGGAAUCCUCACCAAGACUGGACCUUUGACGAACCCAGUCGCCGAUUUCCUGGCUUGGGAGAAAAUCCCAGAGACUUUGCGCGCCGCUUUCUCCCAGGCAACGAAGGAGAGCUUGGCUAAGUUCACAGACGACUGGCCCGAGGCAGAGUACAUCUCUGGCGCAGGAUACAUCGGAGACGUCGGCAAUCUCCUGGCAGACCAACCAAAAGAUGGCUACCAGUACGCAUCCAUGCUCGGCGUUCUAAUCACGCCUACAUCCCGAGGAAACGUCACCUUGAAUUCGGAUUCUACUUCUGAUUUACCCACAAUCAACCCCAACUGGCUGGACACUGUUGCAGACCAGGAAGUUGCCAUUGCCAUGUUCAAGCGCAUACGCCAGGCCUUCCAGAGCGACGCCAUGGCACCUGUUGUCAUUGGCGACGAGUAUGACCCGGGUACUCAAGUUAAGACUGAUGCUCAGAUCCUGGAAUGGAUCAAGAAUAAUGUUAUGACUCUUUGGCAUGCGGCUUGUACUUGCAAGAUGGGUACGCCGGAUGAUGAGAUGGCUGUUGUUGACUCUCAGGCUCGUGUGUAUGGUGUGGAUGGACUGCGUGUUGUUGAUGCUAGUGCUUUUCCUUUCCUCCCUCCUGGUCAUCCUCAGUCGACCGUCUAUAUGCUUGCUGAGAAGAUUGCUGCUGCUAUCAUUCGGGGCGCCUAA